AUUAGGAGGCGGCAGCUCAGAGUGAGAUUCCCGCCACUCUACAAACCCCGCCAACUGAGCUGGAAAAGACUGAAAGAAGUAGACGGACAUAGAAGAUCGAGCUCCAGUUUGAGUCAUUGUUCCUGCAGUAGUACGUUGGAAGUAACUGAAAGUGUUCUACCAACUAUGUGGAUACAGGUGCGUACAAUGGAUGGCCGAGACACCCGUCGUAUUGAUUCUCUGUCAAAACUUACUAAAGUGGAUGAUCUGAGAGACAGGAUUCAGCAGUUAUUUGGGGUGGCACUAGAGAGUCAGCGUCUAUUCUACAGAGGAAAACAGAUGGAGAAUGGACACACGCUAUUUGAUUACAGUGUGGGUUUGAAUGACAUUGUUCAGCUGUUAGUGCGUCAGAUUCCGGAUUCGUUUCCCACAAAGCAUAAAGAAUGUGAACUUUCUGAUGCUUCUGCUGGUUGUGGUUCAGGACAAAGAGAUUCUGAUUCUGGCAGUGGUGAGGGUGCCAUGGAUGUGGAUGGACAGUCUAUUUCCAUAAUUGGUGAAAAUGUAGGCACUAGCCUAUAUAAGAAAAAUGAUUUAGUGGAUGCUCGAGAUCUAAACAUGGGUGCAUGGUUUGAGGCUCAAAUUGUAAAUGUCUCGAAGAAAGUCGGCCCUUAUGGGACAUUGCCUGAAGUCUCGGACACAUCUGUAACUUCUGAUGCCAUAAUUUAUCAUGUAAAGUAUGAGGAUUAUCCUGAAAAUGGAGUCGUGCAGUUGACUUGUAAGGAUGUGAGGUUGCGGGCACGUACCACACUACCAUGGCAUGAGAUCAAAGUGGGUCAAGUGGUAAUGGUAAACUAUAAUCCAGAUGAGCCAAAGGAGAGAGGAUACUGGUAUGAUGCAGAAAUACUGAGGAAACAUGAGAGUAAAAAAAUUAAAGAAAUUUAUGCCAAGGUGUUACUUGGGGAUGCUGGUGACUCAUUAAAUGACUGUAGAAUAAGAUUUGUCAAUGAAAUUUACAAAAUAGAAGAGCCGGGAUCUACAUAUCUUAACACUGAGAGCCCUCAAAAACGUCAGAAUGGUCCAGAAUGUAAACACUGUAAGGACAACCCAAAGAGAGCCUGCAGGAUGUGUGCAUGUUGUAUUUGUGGGGGCAAACAGGACCCAGAGAAGCAACUACUUUGUGAUGAGUGUGACCUGGCAUUCCACAUUUAUUGCCUUAAACCCCCAUUGUCUGUCAUACCUCAAGAUGAAGACUGGUACUGCCCAGACUGCAGAAAUGAUGCAAGUGAAGUGGUUUUAGCUGGUGAGAAGUUGAAAGAAAGCAAAAAGAAAGCCAGAAUGGCAUCUGCUAACUCCUCAUCGCAGAGAGAUUGGGGCAAGGGAAUGGCAUGUGUAGGACGCUCGCGAGAAUGCACAAUUGUUCCAUCUAAUCAUUAUGGUCCGAUCCCUGGAGUACCUGUUGGAACACUGUGGAAAUUUAGAGUCCAAGUAAGCGAAUCUGGAGUCCACAGGCCGCAUGUGGCUGGCAUACAUGGAAGAAGCAAUGAUGGCUCAUAUUCUUUAGUGCUGGCUGGAGGCUAUGAAGAUGAUGUGGAUAAUGGGAAUGAGUUUACUUAUACUGGCAGUGGUGGUAGGGACCUGUCUGGAAACAAGCGAACAGCAGAGCAGUCUUGUGACCAGAAACUCUCAAAUAUGAACAGGGCUCUUGCAUUGAACUGCAGCGCACCUAUAAAUGACAAAGAGGGAUCUAUUGCCAAGGACUGGCGAGCAGGCAAGCCAGUUCGCGUGGUGCGUAAUUCAAAGGGUAGAAAACACAGUAAAUAUGCUCCAGAGGAAGGCAAUCGCUAUGACGGCAUCUAUAAGGUAGUAAAAUACUGGCCAGAAAAAGGUAAAUCUGGAUUCUUGGUAUGGAGGUACCUCUUAAGGAGAGAUGACUAUGAACCUGCACCUUGGUCAAAGGAAGGCAAAGAAAGAAUAAAAAAACUAGGUCUAACCAUGCAGUAUCCCGAUGGUUACUUGGAAACUCUUGCUAGCAAAGAGCGAGAAAAAGAAAACAAGACAGAAGAUGAACCGAUCGACUCACCUAGCAAAGGAAAAAGGAAGAGAAACUCUGACAAUGAACAAACAGCUGCCAAAAGCAUUCCAAAGAAAAUGAAAGUGGCGUCCUACAAACUAACCCUGGAGCAGAAAACACUUAUUAAACAAGAUGUUCUAAAUGCAAAGUUAUGGAGUGAAGUAAUGUUGUUUCUAAAAGAAGGCCCUAAGUUUGUGAACAAGGUAGAAGAAACAUUCCUGUGCAUCUGCUGUCAAGAAGUGGUGUAUGAACCAGUCACAACUGAAUGCCAUCAUAACAUCUGCAAGGGGUGCCUGGACCGUUCUUUUAAAGCAUUGGUACAUAGCUGCCCUGCUUGCCGGCAUGAUCUGGGCAAAAACUACCCACUGAACGUGAACAAACCACUGCAAGCCAUCCUCAGCCAGUUGUUUCCAGGUUAUGAGAGCGGCCGGUGAUCAUUACAGAUGAUUUAGAAAUGCUUGCUUGACUCUUUAUACUUGGUUAUGACAAAAGUUAGAUUAGAAUUAAAUUCUUAAAUGACUCUGCAAGGGGUAACAAUGAUCAAAUAAUUUCCUAUGCUUGCUUUACUUUAAAUUUGUAUUUAUGUAUGUCUUUAAAACCAUGCAAGGUCAAUAACAGUCAGCUCUUCAGUUUAAGAUUACAAAAAAUUUUUUCUAAAUGCAAUGCAUGCACAGAAUGCAAAAAUAUGCACCAGAAAUGAAAAAAGUUAGUCCUUUAGUUUAGUCCCCUCCUGCCGAUCCUAAUUCAGUCUCUCAACUGUAGAAUGCUUCGUAUAGGGAAAAAAGUAGAUCAGCGCCUUUGGCAACGGAGUCCAACUCACCAGAAACAAAAAGAAAAAGAAAGGGGGAAAAAAAAGAAUCGACAUAGUGUAGUAUUUUCGGAAAUAUUCGUUCCACACCAGGUGUUUGUAUGCAAAAUUUCUAUUCUGUUAUAUUUGUUCCCCUUUUUCCAAAAUUUCCUCUAUUUUAAUCCUCCAUUUCAGGGGCGGUGCUUUUACUUUUCAACAUGCAUGUGUAUCUUCCACCAACAAACGGUUAAAGUGCCUACUUACAAGACUUUUUAGUUUUUCAAUCACGUAUAAUAGUGUUUUCCUUUUCCUUUCCCUUUGAACAAACUUCUGUGCCUUCCACCAAAAAAUGGUUAAAAUGCCUACUUACAAGACCUUGAUGUGUGAUUCACAUAUAGUAUUAUUAUACGCCCAUUCUUCUUUUCUCAGUUCCUCCAAUCACUCCCACAUGGAAUAGAGACGUAUAUUGUGUAAUACGUUUUAAUAAAUAUUUAAAAACUUACAUAAAAAUUUUGCACUCCUAUUUUAAUCGAGUUUCACAAACAUUUCGAUAAAAUCAGCUGUCCUUAGCAGGUUGCCCAGGUCUUUCCGGGGUAGGAGUAAAAGAGCCGGCUUCUCCUAUCCCUCGUGGUUGCGUUCCUGCUGGUCAGCGUAUAAUAAUACUAUAUGUGAAUCACACAUCAAGGUCUUGUAAGUAGGCAUUUUAACCAUUUUUUGGUGGAAGGCACAGAAGUUUGUUCAAAGGGAAAGGAAAACACUAUUAUACGUGAUUGAAAAACUAAAAAGUCUUGUAAGUAGGCACUUUAACCGUUUGUUGGUGGAAGAUACACAUGCAUGUUGAAAAGUAAAAGCACCGCCCCUGAAAUGGAGGAUUAAAAUAGAGGAAAUUUUGGAAAAAGGGGAACAAAUAUAACAGAAUAGAAAUUUUGCAUACAAACACCUGGUGUGGAACGAAUAUUUCCGAAAAUAUUACACUAUAUGUCGAUUCUUUUUUUUCCCCUUUCUUUUUCUUCUUGUUUCUGGUGAGUUGGACUCCGUUGCCAAAGGCGCAGCUCUUCAGUUUAACAGUAUAAUGAAGCCUUAUAUUCAAGCCUGGCAAAACAGGAUUUUGAGAUCUGGCUUAUCGUUUGCCAGAUAUUGUGCAAAUCUUUUGUUUUGGUUCCAUACAUAUGUCCAUAUGCUAAAAAGUGGCAUAUUAAUAAUGGCCAAAGAAACCAGAUAUUUGCUUUGGUUUUUUAUUUUGUAGUUGAUUGUUCAGAUUUCACUGCUGAAUGGUUGCUAUGGGCAACAUAAGUGAUGUUUUUUCUCGAAUAUUAAUAAACAGCUUUGCUGACUAACUUUGGAGCCAGUAUAUGGCAAGCUUUAUCCUUGCAAAUGUAUGUUCUACCUCGUUGUGACUUCUAGCCCAUCAGCAGGCCCUAUAAACCUGAUGCCAUUUUCUUGCAGAAUGGGCCAGGAGAUAUUCAACACAUUUUCAGUCUACCUCUACAAUAUAUGGUAAACUUUGAGCUGAGGAAAACAAAGAUUAAAGCAGUAGUAACACCAAAAAAUGUUUUUGUUUUUUGAAAUGAAUGAAAAUAUAAUGUACUGUUUCCCUGCACUGUAAAACUGGUGUUGCUAUAUAAACACUAUUGUUUAUCCAGCUGCUUGUGUAGCCAAGGGGGCAGCCAUUCAAAUACAGGAGACUCUGUAGAUAAGUUUGAAAGAAUCCCAUUGUAUACUACCGAGCUUAACUGAUGGGUAUCCUGUGCCUUUUCUCCUUUUUCUAGCUUGAAUGGCUGUCCCUAUGCUGUCACAACAGCUUCUUUAUAUAAAAGUUUCUUUAAAGCACCAAUUUUAGCAGUACAGUUCAACACUAAUUAUAUUUUCAUUACUUAAAAUCACUAAUUUACUCAUUUGUUGGUGUUGCUAUUGCUUUACAGAGCCCACUGUUUCUAUUAAAGAGACACCGAAGAGGGCAGAUUUCAGUUUUAUUUCUUUUUAUGCCAUAGAGAAAGUCAGUCGUCUACCACAUCUUUUUAUUGUCUCUUGGUUUUUCUACAGCCUAAAGUUUAUAACAUUGUAAGCUCUUCGGAGAACUGAAUCUAGCUGUUGGGUUGUUUUGUUAAGCUUUUAGAAACAGUGUUUAACAUGAUUUUAACUUUUGCUUGUUUGCAGCUUUUACAUUAUUCUGGGAAUGUUACUGUGACCAAAGUAACUUGAAUUUUUGUGUAAAAUGUUAUCAAUUUGUGUUUUGUAAUCCACUAUAAAAAAUAAAUAAAAUGUUUUCAAAAGUA